UCUCUCUCUCUCUCUCUGCAUUUUGAAGCCAGUAAUACAAAUGGGGCAGCAGGGUGGUAUUGAGAUUUCUAGCAGUCCUAGUAGUGUAGUGGAUGGAUUAAUGAAGCCAGUGAUAACGAUGGUGGCAGCUCAGAUUGCAUAUGCAGCAACGGGUAUUUUCUACAAACUUGCAGCAGACUCUGGAAUGAACCUCAAUAUUCUCGUUGCCUACCGUCUCAUGUUUUCCUCUGCCAUUAUCGUUCCUCUUGCUCUUAUACUCGAAAGGAACAGCAGGCCCAAACUUACUCUAGUCGUACUCUUUCAAGCUUUUCUCUGCGGAUUAUUUGGGGGAUCAUUGUCACAAAAUUUAUUCAUAGAGGGACUGGCCUUAACAUCACCGACAUUUGUUGCAGCCACUGCAAAUCUGAUUCCGGCGGUUACCUUGAUCAUGGCCAUCUGUUUUAGGUUGGAGAAGUUGACACUAGGAAGCCAUGCAGGGAAGGCAAAGCUUGUGGGGACAGUGGUAGGUAUUGGUGGUGCUAUGAUCUUUACCUUCUUCAAAGGACCAGAGCUCUCCAUCUGGUCAACUCACGUUGACCUUCUUCGAGGACACCACGCGGCACCAUCACCGUCAUCGGUCUCCUUACACAGAAGCACCGGUAGUCACUUGCUGGGCUCCUUCUCGGCUCUCGGCAGCGCCGUUUCCUAUGCAAUGUGGCUCACAGUUCAGGCAAAAAUGAGCAAGAGAUAUCCAUGCCCUUACUCGAGCACAGCUCUAAUGUCAGUGAUGGGAUCGAUUCAGUCGGUAGCUUUUGCACUCUGCUUGGAGAGGGAUUGGAGCCAGUGGAAAUUGGGUUGGAACAUCAAGCUUCUCACAGCUGCAUAUACGGGAAUUGUGUCUUCGGGGCUGGUGGUGGUUCUUAUCUCGUGGUGUAUACGCAAGAGAGGUCCAUUGUUCGUGUCAGCUUUCACUCCGCUUUGCCUCGUGAUUGUGGCCAUUGCUAGUUCUUUGUUGAUCAAUGAAAAGUUAAGCCUAGGAAGGAGUUUGGCUCGAGCUGCGAAAUACCGGUUCGAUUACGUCGUUAUUUUCAUAACCAUAUCGACAUCGAGGUUGGAGCUCUUGGUUCUGAUGAAGUCUGGAGGUUCACGGGUAUCUACGGCUUUGCCUCCAAUGGAGAUCGAGUCCGUACCUGGGGAUUUACUGAGGAUUUUGGCUGCACAAUCCUCUCUUCCAAGGUUGGUAGUCCCAAAAUUGUUACCUCUGUUUUGUCCAGAGGAUGUGCUAGCUAUGCAAUCUCUUCCGUUAGGCUCCCGAUUCCCCUCAGAUUUUAGAUCAUUCACCUCAAAAGGUAAUUUUUUCAGUGAAUAG